AUGUCUUUUACCACUAUGUCUUUCGGUGCUCUUAUUUCGGUUGGCCUCCAUUCAGGAGAAGUACAGACUUCAAUCUUCCAUAGAGACCUUGUGCUGACGCUUGGACAGAAGUUCAGAAUGUAUUCCACGCCCAUGUCUGCCAUGACUGCUCGAUACUCUGUGACGCUUCCGUACACGCCUCACCAAGCCCCUGAGCUCGAUGAAGGUUCAACCGUCAGUGGUUUCGAAUUGGAGGCUCCUGGACCACACGGCCAAUCUCCUUCUUCUCCAACACAAAACACACCCUCGUCCAGUGGAGCAUCUCAAUGUAGCAAUUUCAAUGACGGACAACUCUCUUCCACUGAGACCCAGCGCUAUCUGAAAGCAAUGGAGAGCCGUAUUGAACAAUUGAUGGCGGAGAACGAGAUCCUUGCUGGAGGUUUGAGAACCACUGAGAAGAAGAGAAUGCAGAAGAAGCAGAGAAAAAGACAGGAGAAGAAGGUAAAGAUGCAAACGGAUACCUUCAGAGAGCCGCUGAGAGCUACAACAGCUGUUCUUACUCCUAUGCCCAAGCGUUCGCCUGCAAGGUUCGUGUUGAUGGCUGUCGAGGCGUUCUUCCUGAGGGAGAGAGUGGUUGUGUCUUGA